CAACACAGAAGAGAAGACAUGUUAACCAGAGGACUCAACACCAAAGGCUCACUGAAGAUGCUGUGCUCUCAUGGAGUCCAGUCUGCCCUCAGUCCAUUGGGCUUCUCCCGACCUGUACGCAGUCUGUGGCCAGAGGUCAAACCUCUGCUCCAACAGCAGGAUCUAGUGCAGAGAAACCUACAAGAGCUCUGCAGCAGUCUGGAGCUGAUGGGCAAACUUCACCACGGGAUCCUGGUGGAGACGGAGCCUUUAUAAACCAGUGUGGCCCUGAAGCCGGCCCCCUACCAGCUGGGGAGAGAGGGAGAGGGAGAGGGAAAGGGAGAGGGAGAGCACUUUGGCCUGACCCUGGACACUCAAGACUUUUCCCCAGAAGAGCUGUCUGUCAGGCAUGAGGGCCGCAAGCUGAGAGUCAGCGGGAAGACGGAGUAGAAGCAGAAGGACAUGGAAAUCUGCUACAGACGCCAGGACUUCAGACGGGAGUUUAAUCUGCCUGAAGGGCCGAAUCCUGAGGCUGUCAUCUGCUACCUGGCUCCAGACGGGAAGCUCCACAUCCAGGCAGCCAAAGCUCCAUGUGAGGAGGAGGCUGAAAGAGAGAGAGAGCUGACGAUCAGGAGGAGCUUGGAGGAGAAGACACAUGUGUGUCUGUGUGUUCACACACAAGGCAGCAGCACACAAGACAAACCUGAGAACAUGGAGUCAUCUGCAUGUUGUUGAAGCCAUGUAUAAGUAAAUGUGUUGAAUGAUAA